UUUUAACGUGAAAGAUAUAAAUAAGGAAAGUGUUAUGAGUGAAAUACGAGAACUGGAGGAUGAAAGAACGAUGAUGAACCAAUCGGAAAUGUUAAACAAAUCAUAUGCUGACGAGCACGAGGAACGCGAAGAAUGCGAGGAACGCGAGGAAGAAGAUUAUUCGGCAUCCGCAUCCGCCAUUAUUUUAAGACGUAAUUCAUCAAAACGAUUGAGUAAACGAAAACGACGAACUUCUUCACCUUUUACUAUAGAGGGUGAAGAUGCCAAUGUAAUUCGAAGACGAUCUUCUGCUUACACGAAUAGUUCAGUCGAAACAGCUGUCUCAGUCGAAGAGAGUGCUGGUACGCAAGAACAAAUUUUCGAAAAAUUAAAAUUACACAAAGAAGUUUUGAGCGGCGUUAAGGAAGAACCAUGGGCCUUGCGUAAAAAAAUGAAACUGGUCAGACAGGCAAAGUUGUAUGUUAGAAAACACGAAGGUGCGUUGCAAGAAAGAUUAGCACAAAAUCGUAGCACGAAGGACGUGGUUGCUCGUGUUUCUCUUUUGAUCACAAAGAAAUGGCAAUACUUUCGACGAGAAUUAAUCAAUCUUGAAACAUGGUUGAUACCUUGGGAACUUCGUAUCAAAGAAAUAGAAUCACAUUUUGGUUCAGCAGUGGCAUCCUAUUUUACCUUUCUAAGAUGGUUAUUUUGGAUUAAUUUUGUGAUUACUAUAACUUUAACAGCAUUCGUAGCAGUUCCUGAGAUGCUCAUAGCUGACGUUAAAUUAGCCGGGGAGAGAAAAUUGAUGCCGAAGGAAGAAAGCAUGAAAUCUAAUCAUUUAAUGACGUUAUGGGAAUUCGAGGGUGUUCUUAGAUAUUCGCCAUUUUUUUACGGAUGGUAUACCAAUUACGAUUCGAAGAAAAGUUACAGAUUACCAUUAGCUUAUUUCAUCACCAAUCUCGUUGUCUAUACUUACAGCUUCGUUGUGAUAUUACGAAAAAUGGCUAAAAAUUCUCGUUUAAGUAAAUUAACGGAAAAGGAAGACGAGUGUGCGUUCUCGUGGAAACUUUUUACCGGUUGGGAUUUUAUGAUCGGUAAUCCUGAAACAGCUCAUAAUCGUGUCGCGAGUAUAGUACUUAGUUUUAAAGAAGCAUUAUUGGAAGAAGCUGAGAAAGAAAAGGAUAAGAGAAAUUGGAAAAUAAUAUUGACGAGAAGUUUCGUUAACGUAUCUGUACUUUCUUUAUUAACAUUGUCAGCAUUUAUCGUAGUCAAAGUAGUCGCGAGAAGUGCCGAAGCAGAAGAAACUAAUAAUUGGUGGCGUCAAAAUGAAAUAACUUUGGUCAUGUCUUUGAUUUCUUAUAUUUUUCCAAUAAUAUUCGAAGUGUUAGGCCUUUUAGAAAAUUAUCAUCCACGUAAACAACUACGAGUACAAUUGGCACGGAUAAUGGUUUUGAAUCUUUUGAAUUUGUACACUUUAAUAUUCGCGCUUUUCAAUAAAAUAAGUUCUAUGAAAAAUUCAUCGAUCGAAUUAAGGCCUGCCAAAAGAAAUUGUACGUUAAUACCUGUAGAAUGUGUUGGUAAUUUAAUUGAUUCAGAAUCACCAGCGGUAACUUUAGCAUCUCUUAGUUUAAUAUUAAUGGGAAGUGUUGCUUAUGCAAAUAUUACUGAUCAUUCGAUCAAACAAGAUCAAUCUGGUGGAUUAAUCAAACAAUUUCUAUCGGAUGAUACUCAGUUCAAUUAUUAUCACAGUGAUUACAAUUCAAAUUCGGAAGAAUAUUACGACGGUAAUCAAAUAUUCGAUAAUAUUUCAAACGUUAAUGACGAAUCGAAUAAUACAUGGUCAACAACGACAAUGAUUGAUAAUGAAAUAUUACUAACGACCGAUUAUAAUUUUAACACGGAGACCGAUAAUCAAAGUGACGUAAAUUUAACAGAAAAUUCGACGGAUAAUUAUUCAAACGAAAGUACUUUAGUUACGUCAAGUAAUGAUUAUGACAUUUACGAAAAAUAUAAUUCUAACACUGGUACGAUUAAAUUUGAUACUACGAACGAAAUAAAAGAUACUACGACGGAAUACAAUUUGUUUCAAAUUAAUACGAAGAAAACUGAGAAGGAAUUAUUUAACACGUCGAAUACUUCGAACAAAACUAACGAAUUUGUAAUUAUUAAUAAUGGAAAUAAACAAAUGAUCAUUUGUUACGAGAGAGUUUGCACAAAUCAUACGCAAGAAGAGGUACCGGUACAAAAAUUGGAUUUGAAAACGCGAAAAGAAAUGCGACGUCUUUGUUGGGAAACGAUGUACGGACAGGAACUUGCCAAAUUAACUGUUAUGGAUUUGGUAAUGACAAUCGGUGCCACGCUUGGUAUGGAUUUUUUUCGUGCCGUAUUCGUGCGUUACAUGAACAGUUGUUGGUGCUGGGAUCUUGAAAAACAAUUUCCACAAUACGGUGAUUUUAAAAUUGCUGAGAAUAUACUUCACUUGGUGAACAAUCAAGGUAUGGUCUGGAUGGGUAUGUUCUUCAGUCCUGGUUUGGCAAUGCUGAAUCUUUUGAAAUUAGGCAUAUUAAUGUAUUUACGUUCGUGGGCUGUUUUAACGUGCAACGUACCUCACGAAAUAGUUUUCCGUGCAUCCAGGUCAAACAAUUUUUAUUUCGCAUUAUUACUGAUGAUGUUAUUUUUAUGCGUAUUACCAGUCGGCUAUGCCAUAGUUUGGGUUGAACCAUCCUGGCAUUGUGGCCCAUUUUCAGGCUAUCCAAGGAUUUACAUGUUCGCAACUGAAAGUCUCAAAGAUAGUUUACCUGAAGUAAUCAAACCAUGUCUCGAUUAUAUAUCAUCGGCUAGUAUGGUAAUACCAUUAAUUGUUCUGAUGACUUUAAUCAUUUAUUAUAUGGUUUCUCUUACUGGAUCACUUAGGGAAGCCAAUAAUGAUCUAAAGAUACAAUUACGUCAAGAACGUACCGAGGAAAGACGGAAAUUAUUUAAGAUAGCAGAAAAAAGGCAAAAAGCCAUCGAUGCACCCUUCACCAGAUGGAAACAAAUCUUACCAGUUUUGCCGUCGAGUAAUUCUAAUAAAUGUAAAAAUUCCACCGACGAUUCAUAUACGGUGAUCGUGAUUGAAAAACCAGACGAGUUGGCGACCAAUAAAAGAAAAUAUUCUACAACCUCGGAAGAAGUUGGUAUUACCGAUUGCGAACCUGAAUCAUUGCCACAUGAUUCAGAUUUGCAUCACCAUCGGCAUACGUCUGGCAAAACUUGUCGGAAGGUUCGAGAUUCUGGCAGGUAUAUGGUGCCUCAUAUUAUUUAUUACAUAUAUAUUUUCUUUUUUCUUCUUCUUUUUACAUGUCGUAUUUCUCAAUUUGAAAACAUUUUCGUAGCGAUUCUUUGGAAUCACCGUCGAACAAGGAUGCUAUUGCAUCAGAGAUUCGAAUAAACGAGCCUAAGGAUGAUCGAAAAAUAAAGAGUCAUAAUAUUAACAUUCGGUAAGCAAAUAAACAAACAAAAUAAUAAUAAUAAUAGAAGAAGAAGAAUAAGAAGGAAGGAAGGAAGGAAUUAAGGGAAUGUAAAUUAGAUUAUUGUCAAAAAU